UGAUCAUUUCUCAACACUUCUUCACCCCAGGAGCCUCGGAAGCCCCCAGCAGGCCAGCUCUCCUCCUGAAGAAAUUCUCCAUGGCCACCGUCUCCCUCCUCCUCCUCCUCCUUUUCUCUGUUGUCCUAGAGGCCAAGGUCGCAUCCUCCUCACGAGGACCUUACAACCCCUCAGAGUGCUGCUUCACCUAUGUUUCCCACACACUCCCGCGUCAUCGGAUUAUAGAUUAUUAUGAGACCAGCAGCGAGUGUCCCAAGUCCGGAAUUGUCUUCAUCACCAAAAAGGGGCACCCCAUCUGUGCCAACCCUAAGGAUGAGUGGGUCCAGGACUGUAUCAAGGACCUGGAGGACAGCUAAGUGAUCCAGAAGCGCUGGAGAAGGGCUCAGCUCAGCCGAAAGAAAAGAAGAGGCCAAGGCCCCUCCACCCCAACCUUCCCCCACCACCCCUGGGAGCUGCCCUGCCUUGAAUUAAAGACCCCUCAUGCCUUUC